GCUGAGGGCGAUGAGCCUGAGCAGCGUUCAGGCUCACAGCUGUAAUAAGGAGGGUGGGGGUGUAAUUCUGGAAGAUUCUGCGGGAUCAGCCGAGUGGACCCCGUUUCACUGCUCCAUGGUGGAGACGGUCUGUCCGGGCUACCUGGUUAGCCUUCCCUGUUAAAGCCGCAGUGCAGCCUGUGGUGGGGACUCACUGCGGGCUUUAAGAUCCAAUGACUGGAACAGAGUGAGAGCUUCUUCUCAAGGCGACAAUGUCAAAGAGACCCUCGUACGCUCCUCCACCUCCCCCUGCCCCCACCACCCAAAUGCCCAACACUGCCGGGUUUGUGGGGUACAACCCAUACAGCCAUCUGGCCUACAACAACUACAGGCUGGGAGGGAGCCAGAGCAGCAACAGUCGGGUAACGAACUCUUCUGGAAUAAACAUCCCCAAGCCGCCCAAACCGCCCGAUAAGCCGCUGAUGCCGUAUAUGAGAUACAGUCGAAAGGUUUGGGAUCAAGUAAAAGCCUCCAAUCCUGAUCUGAAGCUAUGGGAAAUUGGGAAGAUAAUCGGUGGCAUGUGGAGGGACCUCACUGAUGAGGAGAAACAGGAUUAUUUGAAUGACUACGAAGCAGAGAAGAUAGAGUAUAAUGAGAGCAUGAAGGCCUACCACAACUCCCCAGCCUACCUGGCCUACGUCAACGCAAAGAGCCGGGCGGAGGCCGCCCUGGAGGAGGAGAGUCGCCAGAGGCAGUCCAGACUGGACAAGGGCGAGCCUUACAUGAGCAUCCAGCCAGCGGAGGAUCCCGACGAUUACGACGACGGCUUUUCCAUCAAGCACUCGGCCGCGGCCCGUUUCCAGCGCAACCACCGGCUGAUCAGCGAGAUCCUCAGCGAGAGCGUGGUGCCGGACGUCCGGUCCGUGGUCACCACCGCCCGCAUGCAGGUCCUCAAGCGGCAGGUCCAGUCUCUCAUGGUCCAUCAGAAACUGGAGGCGGAGCUGCUUCAGAUUGAAGACCGCCACCAGGACAAGAAGAGGAAAUUCAUCGAGGCCACGGAGUCGUUCACCAACGAGCUGAAACGGCUGUGCUGCAUGAAGGUGGAGGUGGACAUGGAGAAGAUCUCCGCUGAGAUCGCCGCGCCGAGGAGCGCUCGCAAACGGAUGGCGGAGCGCGAGAAGGACGCCGGGGACCGGGCCCGGGAGGCCCCUGCCUGCGUUCUGGCAGAGGAGGACAAACACGUCUGCGCCACAAACGGCGGCAAGACGGCGUCCAACGGCGAAGGCGGCAGCAAGGACGCCGAGGACACGGACGCCAGCGCACCGAGGCGCCAGGGAAGUGCCAAAGCCUCCGAUGAGCUGGAAGCCCACCAGGGCGGCGAGGAGGGGGCUUCAGAGGACAAGGAGAGCGUCCCCGAGGGGGCCAUGGAGGAGGGAACCAGCGACAGCAACACGGGCUCAGAGACCACCUCGGCCCAGACGGAGGACGCCGCGGCCGGCGAGCCGCCGGACGGGCCCGGCAGGACCCGGGCGGUCCACUGAGCCCCCCCCCCCCCCAGACUGUCUGUGAGCUGCAGUCUGCAGGCCUCCCUUCCACGUAUUGCACAGUAUCAUCUCAGUUUGUUCAGACGUCUCCGUGGUGAACAGGCCGCAGGUGGAGGUGACGUUCAGACAUCGCCACUCAUAGACGCACUGAACACGUCAAAAAAAAAACAAAAAAAAACAAUCUGCACUUGAAGCCGACAGAGCAAUGAUCCUGUUUGAAACCAUUUACAAUCAAAGAUCCUGGUUAAAAUCACCUGGAAAUCAGUGAUCCUGUUCAAAAUGGAUUCUCCUGUUAAAAUCACUGGCCUCUGUUAAAAUCAAAGGUCCUGAUUUAAAAGAGAAAAGGAUCCUGGUUAAAACCAGUAAUCCUGGUUAAAACCAGUAAUCCUGGUUAAAAUCAGUAAUCCUGGUUAAAAUCUCAGAUCCUGGUUAAAACCAGUGAUCCUGGUUAAAACCAGUAAUCCUGGUUAAAACCAGUAAUCCUGGUUAAAAUCUCAGAUCCUGGUUAAAACCAGUAAUCCUGGUUAAAACCAGUAAUCCUGGUUAAAACCAGUAAUCCUGGUUAAAACCAGUAAUCCUGGUUAAAACCAGUGAUCCUGGUUAAAAUCUCAGAUCCUGGUUAAAGUCCGAGGUUCCUGAAGAACCGUCUCAUGUGAAAGCACUAGAUUCUCUCCACAGGUCGUAUCGCCAUCGAGAAGAACCCAUCCAGCACAUAUUGAUACGUUUCUCCAGCACUACGUCUGGCGGGCUGCGGCCACACCCAUCAGCCACAGCAUUAGGACCACUGACGGGGUCGGUGGGUCAGACCCUCUCAGUGCAGUGAGUCCUGGCAGUGGGUGGGAAGCAUCAGACAGCGUCCUGUGAGGGGGGGCAUGUCCAGACCUGCAGCUCUGCUGGGGUCUUCCUGCUCUGCCAGAGGAGAAGCUCAGAACACUCUGGUGGUCUGGUCCAGCAGACGCUGCAGGUCGUCCUCUGGUCCUGAUACGAGCUGUCAGGAUGCAGCUGAGGCCUGCUGGCCUCUGUCCACCACCAGGGGGCGCCAACAACGAUCAGGAGAACGCUAACCUGGUUUUCUUUUAUCCAGCUAACUUCAGGCUUAACCUGUUUGUCUCUUCCUGAUGAAUUCUCAUACUUCUGGAGAAUCGCUGUCUGCUCCUCCGUGAUGAGGGCGAGCCGCUCUGUGAUUGGUCAGAUGCUGCAGACUCCGCCCUCUCUGAUGACCACUGAUAGUCCCGGCUGAACUGCAGAGCAGGUGACCUGUAGUUCAGGCCUCUGGACCGGUGCGUGGCUGGACCUGCUGCCAGGAGGCGUCGUGGUCUCUGCAGGGCUCUGCUUCGGUUCUCCGUCCACACGGUUCCCCGCCGUGGUUUCUAUAGCUGGUUCUGAACACACUUUGAUGGAUCUGCCAGGCCAGGGUGUCUGAAGUGGUCCUAAUGUUCUGGCUGAUGGUCAUUUUGGAGAAAAAAGAAGAAGCUGCUGCCCGAGGCGACCUUUGCUCAGUGUUAUAUUGACCUUUGUCCUUUGUGUUGUUGGUGUCAUUGUUGCUUUUCUGGUUCUUUUUGCAUGUUCAGAGCGGAGCGACCGGCCGCCUCCGCUCCAGUAUCACAGUGACAGUAUCGUCUCAGGAGUUUGUAGUCUUUAGCAGUAGUUCCUUUUAUUUAUUAUCGGCUUUUCUAAACGGUCCGGUCGGCCCGGGAAGCUGUGCGCGUCGCUUCGAUACCGUGUUCUCCAGUUUGCUCGCUGUCAAUCAAAUCAAAGGCGGUUCUCUGAGAGCACCCGUGUGCCGUCGUCAUCAGUAUUGCAGUUUUCAACAGAGAACGUUUAAAUGUACCGUGAGUGUGUACACAGUGUUACGAGGUUUUUGCUUAAACAUGGGUUUUCAUGUUGUCGUUAAAAAAGAAAAAACUCAGCUGGAAGAACCAUUUCGUAACAUGACGUCUUAAAAAUGGAUUUCCUUUUGCAUAUUUAUACCAAUAAACUUUUCUACCCUGA